AUGGCCACGCCGGGGGCAGCGGCGGCCGCCCGUGGGGCCGGGGCGAGGCUGGCGGCGGCGGCCCUGCGGGGCGGCUGCGGGACGGCGGCUCGGGGGCGGCCGCGCGGGGCCGAGCGCCCCCUGUGCACCGCGCCCGGCGCCGCCGCGGACAUGAAGCGCUACCUGUGGGGCCGCUACCGGCAGGCGAAGAGCAGCACCGAGGAAUUGGUGCCUUCAAUCAUGAGCAACUUGUUGAAUCCAGAUGCUAUUUUCUCAAAUAAUGAAAUGAGCCUGUCGGACAUUGAAAUCUAUGGCUUUGAUUAUGAUUACACCUUGGUGUUUUAUUCCAAGCACCUCCACACCCUGAUAUUUAAUGCUGCCCGGGACCUUCUCAUCAAUGAACACCGGUAUCCCGUGGAGAUCAGGAAGUAUGAGUAUGACCCCAACUUCGCGAUCCGUGGACUUCAUUAUGAUGUGCAGCGGGCAGUGUUGAUGAAGAUUGAUGCUUUUCAUUACAUCCAACUGGGAACUGUCUAUAGAGGCCUCACCGUGGUCCCCGACGAGGAAGUCAUCGAGAUGUACGAGGGGUCCCACGUGCCUCUGGAACAGAUGAGCGACUUCUACGGAAAGAGCUCUCACGGCAACACCAUGAAGCAGUUCAUGGACAUCUUCUCGCUGCCUGAGAUGACACUCCUGUCCUGCGUGAAUGAGCACUUCCUGAAGAACAACAUCGACUACGAGCCCGUGCACCUGUACAAAGACGUCAAGGAUGCAAUUCGAGAUGUCCACAUCAAAGGAAUAAUGUACCGCGCAAUCGAAGCCGACAUUGAAAAGUACAUCUGCUAUGCGGAGCAGACCCGGGCGGUGCUGGCCAAACUGGCUGAUCAUGGCAAGAAGAUGUUUCUCAUCACCAAUAGCCCCAGUAGCUUUGUGGACAAAGGGAUGAGGUAUAUCGUUGGAAAAGACUGGAGGGACCUGUUUGAUGUGGUCAUUGUUCAGGCUGAGAAACCAAGCUUCUUUAAUGAUAAACGGAGACCUUUCCGAAAGGUGAAUGAGAAAGGUGUCUUACUCUGGGAUAAAAUCCACAAGUUGCAGAAGGGCCAGAUUUACAAGCAGGGCAAUUUAUAUGAAUUUUUGAAGCUUACUGGAUGGCGAGGAUCUAAAGUGUUGUAUUUUGGUGACCAUAUAUACAGUGACCUGGCGGAUUUGACCCUGAAGCAUGGUUGGAGAACUGGUGCAAUUAUUCCAGAGUUAAGAUCUGAGCUCAAAAUUAUGAACACAGAGCAGUACAUUCAGACCAUGACCUGGCUGCAGACUUUGACCGGGUUGUUGGAGCAGAUGCAGGUUCACAGGGAUGCAGAGUCCCAGCUGGUUUUGCAGGAGUGGAAAAAAGAGCGAAAGGAGAUGAGAGAAAUGACCAAAAGUUUCUUCAACACCCAGUUUGGAAGCCUGUUCCGAACAGACCAGAAUCCCACCUAUUUCCUGAGGCGCCUGUCGCGGUUCGCCGACAUCUACAUGGCCUCCCUGAGCUGCCUCUUGAACUACGACGUCAGCCACACGUUCUACCCCCGGAGGACCCCACUGCAGCACGAGCUUCCUGCGUGGGCGAACGGGCCCCCCACCGUCAGACUCCCCCUCCUGCAGGAGGCCCAGGCCAAGUAACCCGGUGCCUGCCUGCAGAAACAGCCAGAAGCCCAUGGCCCCAGCGUGGGCGGAGGACACCGUGGGGUUGACUUUGUGUGGAUGUGACUGUUGUUUUUGGAAAAGACACAAACAUGCCUUUUGAUA